AUGCGUUAUAUAUUCACGCUUCUUGCGUCAUUGACGAUAUUACCUUCAAUCUUAGCAGUAACUAUUUCAGGUCAAAUACAGUAUACAGAUAUCCUACCUGGAAACGCAUUACCAUUAGGAAGUAAAGUAUCUCUUAAUUAUGGUGAGAGGAAAAUCUGGAUUAAGAAUGAUGGAUCUUUUGAGGUCCCUCAUGUCGACGAAGGUGAAUACGUAUUAGAACCUUUAAUUCCUGGAUAUAUCUUUCAAUCUUACCUGAUAACAGUAUCACCUUCGACUCCACCCGUUCUUGAUCCAAUAUCACCUUCUUCCGAAGAUGCUAAAACACCUUCUUCACCUACCGAACCGACAUUCUCAAUCCACGUUCAGCCUUAUUAUCCAGCCAAAUCAUCAUUACCGCUCAGUUCAACAUCUUUAUCGCAUCCAUUGACAUUGGUUCCUCUGGCGAAAGAGGAUUACUUCGUCCCUUCAGGUGGAGGAGGGAUGAUGAUUCUCGGAAUGUUAAAAUCACCUAUGGUCUUAAUGAUGUUGUUCAGUGCUAUCAUGCUAUUCGCUCUACCUAAAUUAACGGCAAGUAUGGCAGACGAUCCUGAAAUGGCUAAAGAAAUGGCAGAGACUAGGAAGAAAAUGGCAGGAUUCCAAAAUAUGGAUAUUAGUGGAUCGUUGUCAAAUAUGCUUGCUGGUACUACUGAAGAUACACCUGUCGUCGCUCCUGCUGCUCCAGUAUCAGGUACGAGCACCCCUAGCAGAGGUGGGAAUGGUGCAGGUGGUAAGAAACGAAGGGGAAGAUAG